CACUAGAAGAAGUAGAAGAAGAAGAAGAAGCAGAAGAAGAAGAAGUCGCCCGCCUCACUGUUAGCUCAUAGAUGCUAAAGCUAAAAACAAGAGGAGAAAGAGAGAAUCAAAAUGUCUGCGGGACAAACGCUCAGAAACCUGGUGAAUGCGCGCCUCUGUGCGGCUGCGGAAGAUAUAUUUGCGCUGUUUGAGAGAACGAUAGCGGAGUAUGAGGAGGAACUGCGCCGAUCCAAAGAAGAGAACCAGAGGAACCGAGAGCUGCUGCAGGCGGUGCUCAACCCCAGAGUCACGCUCAUCAGGGCGGCUGUUCAGAGCACUGCACCCGGCCUGGACCACGGACUGAGCGAGGGACUGAGCCAAGAUCUGGACCAGGGACUGAACCAGGGAGUGAGCCUUAAGAUCCGUGGUGGUGGUGUGGUUAAAGAGGAGCCGGAGGAGCAGGGCAUCAAACACGAGGAGGAGCAGCUGCGACAAUCUGUGCAGGAGUCCAGUUCUGUCUGUGUGAAAGAAGAAGAGUUGUCACUGUUUCACCAGACUGAGCCCAGAGACGAGACACAGGGGGAGGACAUCAGCACACAGACAUAUUUCCUUCCAGAGAUGGCCAAUGAUGAAGACUUGGAACCAUUCAGCUACUCAGCAACAUAUAUGGAGCUCGAGGCAGACCAAGUCCAGAUGAGAACCAACUCUCUAAACUCUAAACCAUCUCUCAGCCGGAACAAACACCAGUGCCCAAUCUGUAAAAAGAAAUUCACGUGUAAAUAUUAUUUAAAAAUACACAAUAACAUUCACACAGGAGCAAAACCAUUCAGCUGUUCUUUCUGUAAGAAAACCUUCUCGGACGCUUCAACUCUCAGGAGACAUGUCAGAGUUCACACGGGACAGAAACCUUACAGGUGUUCAAUCUGUAACAAAGCGUUUGCACAGAAUUAUAAUCGCACGGUGCACAUGAGAACCCACGCCAAAGGGGCACCAUGAGCCUGAACACAUGUCUGGAGGCUGACAGACCUGUGAAUUUUCUAAUAUUCUAAACCAUCUCCAAUAACAUGACAGUCACAAGGUAACUCAGAUUGAUGGGAGACCUGGGAAAAUCAGAAGCCACAGGGGGGCGCCAGUGGCAAAAACUGUUGUUGUGUUUUUAGGCAACAACAGUUGCCACAGGCAGCUGUGGCUACAAUAGUAGCUCACCACCGCAAAGUGUGGAGUGAACAAACAAUGAACUGUAAAGCGCUUUGGGAAUCUUGAAAGGCGCUAUACAAAUGCAAUGAUUAAUAAUAAAAAAUAAUAAUAAUAAAACUAAAAUUUGUCUAAGUCUAAGUUCAUUCUUCAAGUGAAAUAUGUUUUGGUUAAUGUUAAUUGGGUCAGUUCACUUUACAGAAAAGUACAAUAUGUUUGACUAAUGAACUUCAUGAAACACACACCAAAGUUCCUGUAGAGGUGCAAAUGCAAGGAACAGCAAAAUAAAAGUGAAAAAAAUGCAUAGCACACUCAGAUGUCUUUUUUUUUUAAAUUUUCAAUAAUGAAUGGCAAAAAAAUCCUUUGCCAGAUAUUUUUCUUGCUUUGGACCACAGUAGGCAAAUGAACUAAAACAUAUCAAACAUUUGCUUACAGAUGAAUAUAUUUUAAUAUUUUUUAGAUAUAGUUUAUGUUAUAAUUAUCUUGAAAUAGACAAAGUAGAGUCACAUGUUUUAUUUCUAGCUCUACUACUGUCCUUAAUGCAGAGUCUAACACAUCCACAAAUACCCAUGGCAUUUGUGAAACUCAUUUACAAGAAAACGAUUUGGAACUUUUACUCUAUUUAGUUGUGACACACUAGAGAACCACUUGACUGCUGAUGUACUGUUUCUUUCGAGAGCAACGUGUGAGAUGCUUCACAGUCUCCUUUGCAGGAAAUUGCAGCAACCAAAAACUGAUAAAAGACUUCUGUUAUUUAUCUUCUCAUUUCAUCUUUUGCCUCUCACCAUCAUGAUCAUGAUAAGUGUCUCAUUUGGGUUUCCAGCUUCAAUGCUCAAAUUAAUUUAGUUGCUUUAAACCUAAAGGGACUCUAUCAUCUCAGUCCUCCCUGCCCCAGGACAAGUCCUCUAUUUGUCCUGGUAUAUUCUACUAGUGACUUUAGGUUCGGUUCUUCAACCAUCAAAAGCCUGAGGAUGUUUAGGCCACAGGAGCUCACCAAAUUCCCCUGCAGCUGUCACACCCUGAGCAAACGUCUCCAAAAGCAGCCUGUUCUGUCCCACACAAACACAGGACUUUUCUUUGUUUCCUUCAGAAAAUAAUGUCUACAAAUAUUUGUCAUAUGCUUUUUC